AUGGCACUUCAAGAUAAUACCGGUCAAAUCCAUAAGGGAGCCUUCCUGGUCUCAAUCAGCUUCUUCUUAGGACUGGCCCUUAUUGGGGUUAUUGUCCGCUUUGCAAUCCGGUUUCGUUCGCAGAAGCAAUGGUUCCAGAUCGAUGAUGGACUGCUUAUAUUGGCCACUAUUCUCCUUCUGGCAGCUCUGAUUAUCAUGUACAGUAAGGUGAUCGACUCAAUGUACUUGAUGGCAGGCAUUCAGGAUGAGAUUAAGGGUGUCGAGACGCCUACAAAUGUUGUGGAAAUAUCUGAGGACUUCCACAAAUGGAUUACGGCCUCUCUAAUACUCAGCUGGUGCUCGAUAUCCGCUGUGAAAUUCUUCUUCAUCGCACUUUUUUGGAGAUUGACUGAUCGCCUGCGCGCAUGGAAAAUAUACUGGUGGAUUGUUUUUGUCGUCAAUGUCGUUGCUAUAAUCUUUGGUGCCACGGUGUACUAUGUCAGUUGUCCCUAUUGGGGUGCCCAAGCAAUGUAUUGCUCCAGCGGACGGUAUAUGAAUCGCCUUGUUCGAUAUUCAGCUGCUCAAAUCACUUUGGAUAUUAUAGGAGACCUUAUGAUUCUGGCGAUUCCUACCGGGCUUCUCUGGAAGGUUCGCAUAAAUUUGACCCAGAAACUGGCUUUCAUGAGCUCCCUUUGUCUCACAAUCUUUCUUGUUGCGCUUUCAAUUACUCGCUGUGCUGGACUUAUAUAUCGUGGUACUGUUGAUGACGUUUGGGAGGUGUUCUGGAUCACUAUGAGCGCAAACCUGGGCGUCUUCCUCGCGGCUGCGAGUGCCUUCCGAUCCUUCUUCGCGUCUCAGAAGUAG